AGCAACUAGAGGGUGCAGAGAGAGAGAGAGAGAGAGAAAAAGAGAGAAAGAAAGAAGGAAAGAAGGAACAGCCUCGGUCAGAGAAAAGAGCGAUAAAUACAUUUUGGGGACAGGAUUUGUUUAAAAAACGACUGCUUAACGAGACCAUACAUAUUGUGUGAUUCCGAUCAAAUUGUGCAGCGAUGGCCCAAGAGACUAACCCAAGCCUGACGCCUGUGCUUUGUACCACUGGCUGUGGUUUCUAUGGCAACCCCAGGAACAAUGGCAUGUGCUCAAUUUGCUACAAGGAGCACCUGAACCGUCAGCAGAGUAGUACCCACGGCUUGAGCCAACUUAGCCCAAUGGUUGGUAGUCCUACCCCUGGUGCCUCAGCCAUCCAGCGACUAGAGGCCAGUCUAGCCAAAGUAGACCCUUCAUCAGGCUCUGCUGCAGACAUGGCUAGAACUAUUCAAGGCUCUCUUCCAGUGACUCAACAAAUGACAGAGAUGAGCAUCUCAAGAGAGGAUAAAGCAGAGCCUGUUGUGACUGAGCCUACUUCUUCUAGCCCUGCCACUGGUGACGAGGCUAAGGGAGACACCCCUAAUCCCAAGAAGAAUAGGUGCUUCAUGUGCCGCAAGAGGGUGGGCCUAACAGGGUUCGAUUGUCGCUGUGGGAACCUGUUCUGCGGUCUCCAUCGGUACUCCGACAAGCACAACUGCCCUUACGACUACAAGGCGGAGGCAGCUGCCAAGAUCCGCAAGGAGAACCCUGUAGUGGUCGCCGACAAGAUUCAGAGAAUAUAGGGUUAAGAACCAUCCACACAAAGACUGAAGUAUGAUUGGACCCUCGACAUGAACAUUGGCAUAAGGAUAUCGGACUGGUUUUUAAAAUCACAACCUUGAGAAAAGUGAAAGAGACCUUGCCUGAGGGGGAGAUGCAUGAACGAUCACUGUCUUUUUUUAUUUUUAUAAUAUAUUGUUUUUCCUGUAUCUUUGCCGAUAUUCUGUUUUUUGUUGUCUUUUAAAAAGAAGCCCAGGGUACCUGUCGAUGAGACGUAGUGAAUGUUGGAGAUGGAUAGAAAUGCCAUAAAUAGAGCCAACAUGAUCCACCCCCCUCAACAUGUCAGAGGGGCAUGUCUGUUCUGUGGAACAUAUUUCUAUCUGGACGUUCCAUCGCAACGUUGUGCCCCACUGAAUACAGCCCCUGAGCUGUUUGGCCACUUUGUUGCCAAAUUGACAAUGGAUAUUUUGUCAAAAGCUGUAUGCACGUGCAGUAUCCCGACGAGUUCAGUUGUCUCCAUUUCUACUCUCCGUUCACAUCAGUUGGUCGGGUCAGUUGUCUCCAUUUCUACUCUCCGUUCACAUCAGUUGGUCGGGUCAGUUGUCUCCAUUUCUACUCUCCGUUCACAUCAGUUGGUCGGGUCAGUUGUCUCCAUUUCUACUCUCCGUUCACAUCAGUUGGUCGGGUCAGUUGUCUGAAAGGUAUGACCUCUAACUGCAAAGCUGUUUCAGAAACUUCUGUGUGACCGCUUCCGCCACUGCGCACUUUUGCCACAGCGCUCUCACAGCUGCUACCCGAGCGUGCAUGCAAUUGCAAACAUAUUCAUGGGAAACAGCUGUUCACUAAUUUAUUGUUUUGAACACAAAAGGCUAUAUGGAGGGCUCUGUCUGUACACGGUGUUGUACCCUUGCUGUCUUGCAUGACAAAGACACGUAAGCCUCUCUGACCCGCCUACCUCGCAGCAGGACAUGUUUCUCCUCAUCGCAUUGUGCAUAUGAAGCCUUCUCUUAUAAUCACUUUGUUAUUGCCAGGUGAGGGGGUUACCUCGAUAGGCCAUUUUUAGGUAACCUGGCACAGUUUCCUUUUGAUCAAGUGACACAGUCGUUAUUUUGACGUUCAUUGUUAGAGGUGUGAGAACGGGGACAAAAACACUUAAUUAACCAGCUAUCAUGUGGGACUGAACUUUUAAUCAGAAUCUCCCAACUGGCUCUCAUGCAGAGGGUUGUGUACACUGACCCUGGUGCAGUUCUCUAAGUGAGGCUUGGGCACUACCCGUCUAUGUUAUGAUAUAUGGGGCUAUGAAUGGGAUAGCGCAACCCAUGCAGUUAUGUAAAAUAUCUGAAUGAAUUGUCAUCACUCGAGACUAGUGCUAGGUCAUUUUUUAAAUAUAUAUUUACUGACAUUAGCAAAUGUAUUCAGUAUAGUUGCGGAGUUAGGCUAUAUGAGCCAGCCAUGCUUGUGUGUGUGUGUGUUAAGAGCGAGUGAGUUUGAGUGAGCACAUGGUUGUCAGAUUGUGUGCGUCCCCACCUUAGUCUGAAGCAAUAUGGGUUAAACAGCACAAGCUACAGGAGCAUGCCAGAGCUACGGUUUGAAAAAUAGAUUCCAGAGUUGGACAACUUCUUUUCAGCUUUCUAUCCGCUGAGGGGCUGUGAGACCUGUGUUGAUCUUAUUUUUGUUCUCCUGUAGGGAUGUGAGGUCUACUUUUAUUAAGAAAGUUAUGUUUCAGUUUCCCCUUUUGAUUGUUAGUUUAUAUGCAAAUUUGUACAAAAAACAUAUGUAUUACAUAUAAUCUUGCUACCCAGCAUUGUAUCAUGUAAAUAAAGACUGUACAGAGAGACAGUA